CCACCCCACUGCGUCAGCCGCGGGGAAUCCGUGUGCUGGGGCUUAGACGCGCAGGUAAGAAGCCUCCACACAGCUGACCGCCGACCUUUUGGAGCAAGGGCGCCAGACCCCCGGGCGCCCGUGGGGGCGCACAGACUCGUAGGAUGACCAUGGGAAUUUUUGCAAAUUGUAUCUUCUUUUUGAAAGUCAAGCACUUACCUCGUCAUCAGAAGAAAAAGCUACAAACUGACAUUAAGGAAAAUGGUGGAAAUUUUACCCUUUUGUUAAAUCCUCAGUGUACACAUGUAAUCUUAGACAGUACUGAUGUUCUCAGUCAUCGUCAACUGAACUCUGUCCAGAAGAACCAUAUUCAUAUUGCCAACCCAGAUUUUGUAUGGGAAUCUGUUAGAGAAGGGCGACUCCUGGAUAUAAAGAAUUAUGAUCCUGACAAGUCACUGGACACCAUACGACCUCCUGGUCAAAAGGAAAGCAGUUCUGAAGUGAAAACAAAUGAUCCAUCCCGGGACAGUUCCACAGAAGAGGACAACAUUGUGGAACUCACUAAUUUUAAUGCAGAUGCUGUUGAAAUCCUUCAUUUUCCUCAAGAUUUUGAAGUUGCAAAAUAUAACAACUUGGAAAAGAUUGGGGCAGAGGGUGUUAAAGAGACUGUGGUCCUGGAACUACGCUGCUCCCUGAAUGCUGCUGACCCAGCUUUUCUGAUCUCUGCACACUUCCUCCUGGCUGAUGACACUGAGACUAGAAGGCAAGUUGCUGUAAAAAAAACCUCUGCAGAUGCAAGUGAAUACUAUGAAAAUUACAUUGAAAUGCUAAAGAAACAAGGAUUUCUUCUAAAAGAACAUUUUACACCUGAAGCAACCCAAUUAGCUUCUGAGAAGUUGCAAGCAUUGCUUUUGGAGGAGGUAAUAAGUUCAAGCACUCUGAGCCAAGAGGUGAGCAAUUUGGUGGAGAUGAUUUGGGCAGAAGCUCUCGGUCACUUGGAACAUACGCUUCUUAACCCUGUGAACACCAUUAGUCUUAAUGAUGUGAGCAAGGCAGAGGCAAUUCUCCUUCUAGCAAAGACAGCACUGAAAAAUGGAGAAACAGAAGAAAAAUUACAAAAGAUCAUGACUGAAUUCUAUAGAUUGAUACCACACAAAGGUCCAAAAGUUGAAGAAGUUAACCUGAGACUGUUGGCUAAGAAGGAGGAUCUCUGCCAGCUAAUAAGAGACAUGGUUAAUGUGUGUGAAACGCAUUUGUCCAAACCCAGCCCACCAUCUCUUGCCAAGUACCAUGCUUUGAGAUGCAAAAUUGAGCAUGUUGAACAGAACACUGAAGAAUUUUUCAGGGUUAGAAAAGAAGUAUUGCAGAAUAAUCACAGUAAAAGUCCAGUGGAUAUCCUGCAGGUAUUUAGAGUUGGACGAGUAAAUGAAACCAUAGAGUUUUUGAGCCAGCUUGGCAAUGUAAAGUCCUUAUUGCAUGGAUCUCCUGUACGAAGCUUUGUAGGAAUCCUAUCCCGUGGGUUACUUCUACCCAAAACAGUUGAAGAUCGUGGGAUAAAAAGAACAGACAUUGGAAAUCUUGGGAGUGGAAUGUAUUUCAGUGAUUCAUUUAGUGCAAGUAUUAAGUACUCACACCCAGGAGAGAUAGAAGGCAGUAGACUCUUGGUCAUCUGUGAUGUAAGCCUUGGGAAGUGCAUGGACUUACACAAGAAAGAUUUCUCCUUGACAGAAGCACCACUAGGUUAUGACAGUGUACAUGGGGUUCGAGGAACAGCCACAAUCACCACAGACUUUGAGGAUGAUGAAUUUGUUGUCUAUAAAACUAAUCAGGUUAAAAUGAAAUAUAUAGUCAAAUUUUGUGUACCUGGAGAUGAAAUAAAGGCGUUUCAUCCUUGUAAUAAUACUGAAUUAGAAGAAUACAAAUCUGAGUCUUCAAGUUUUUCAAAGGUUGAAGAUUAUCAAUUACCAGACAGCGAACCUGAAAGCAACAUCAAGGCUGGCCUUCAGGAUACCUCUGGAAAUUUGGUUCCUCUUGAAGAUGUUCACAUCAAGGGGAAAAUAAUAGACUUUGUAGCCCAGGUCAUUGUUUUUCAGACAUACACAAAUCACAGUCACAUGCCCAUUGAAGCAAAAUACAUUUUUCCUUUGGAUGACAAGGCAGCUGUGUGUGGUUUUGAAGCAUUCAUCAAUGGGAAGCAUGUAGUAGGGGAGAUUAAAGAGAAGGAGGAAGCCCGGAGAGAAUACCGAGAAGCCAUCAGUCAAGGCCAUGGUGCAUACUUGAUGGAUCAGGAUGCACCGGACAUUUUUACUGUGAGUGUUGGAAACUUACCUCCUAAGGCGAGGGUUCUUAUCAAAAUCACCUACAUCACGGAACUCAGCAUGCGAGGCCCUGUCACCGUCUUCUUCAUGCCAGCCACUGUAGCACCCUGGCAACAGGAUAAAGCUUUGAAUGAAAACCUUCAGGAUACAGUAGAGAAGAUUUAUAUAAAGGAAAUAGGAACAGAGCAAAGCUUCUCUUUGAGCAUGUCUAUUGAGAUGCCACAUAUGAUUGAAUUCAUUUCUAGUGAUACACAUGAACUGAAGCAAAAGAGAACAGACUGCAAGGCUGUCAUCAGUACUGUGGAUGGUAGCUUCUUAGACAGCAGUGGAUUUUCUCUCUCCAUCGGUUUGUGUGAUGCCUAUCUCCCGAGAAUGUGGGUUGAAAAACAUCCAGAAAAAGAAAGCGAGGCCUGUAUGCUUGUCUUUCAACCAGAUCUUGAUGCCGUGCUCCCUGACAUGAUUGAGCAGAGUGAAGUGAUUAUUUGUCUUGAUUGCUCUAAUUCCAUGGAAGGUGUGACAUUCUUGCAAGCCAAGAGAAUUGCCUUACAUGCACUGUCAUUGAUGGGUAAGAAAGAGAAGAUAAACAUUGUCAAGUUUGGCACAGGUUACAAGGAGUUAUUUUCAUAUCCUAAGUAUAUCACAAGCAAUAAUAUGCCAACUGAGUUCAUUAUGUCAGCUACACCUACCAUGGGAAAUACGGACUUCUGGAAAACUCUCCGUUAUUUGAACUUACUAUACCCUUCUGAAGGGUUUCGAAGCAUCCUCCUUAUAUCUGAUGGGCACCUGCAGAACAUGGGCCUGACCCUGCAACUCGUGAGGAGAAAUGUGCACCACACCAGGCUGUUCUGCUGUGGCACUGGUUCUACAGCCAAUCGUCAUAUCUUAAGGACAUUGUCGCAGUGUGGUGCUGGAGCAUUUGAAUAUUUUAACUCAAAAUCCAAACGUAGUUGGAAAAAACAGAUAGAAGACCAAGUAACUAGGUUACGAUCUCCAAGCUGCCACUCGGUCUCCAUCAAAUGGCAACAGCUAAGCACAGAUGCCCCUGAACCCCUGCAGGCCCCUGUCCAGGUGCAGUCUCUGUUCCAUAAUAACCAGCUCCUGGUCUAUGGGCUCAUUCCUCACUGCACACAGGCAACUUUAUGUGCAUUAAUCCAAGAGAAGGAAUUUUCUACAAUGGUGUCAACAACUGAACUUCAGAAGACAACCGGAACAAUGAUUCAUAAGCUGACAGCACGAGCAUUGAUCAGAGACUAUGAAGAAGGCGUUCUCCAUGAAGAUGAAACAAAUCAUGAGAUGAAAAAGCAGCUUUUAAAAUCUCUGAUCAUUGAACUCAGUAAAGAAAACUCUCUCAUAACACAAUUUACAAGCUUUGUGGCAGUUGAGAAAAGGGAUGACAAUGAGUUAUUGGCUCCUAUUAUUCCAAAUAUUUUGGAACUUAUUGCCAAAGAAGAUGUAGAUCUUCUGUCAUACAUGAGCUGGCAAGAAGAGAAGCCAGAUGCCAACAUGUCACAGAUUCUUUCAACUUCCUCUGAGUGGAAUGAAAAUUUGCAACAUUCAUUUUUGCUUGAAGAAGAAUCUUCCUCUUCUGACCUGGAUGUUUCUGAAUGUUCAGAAUUGGUUAAGUUAGAUUCCCAACUACCCAGUUCUGCAUGUGAAAAUGUGGAAAAACCACUGGAUUUACCUCAGAUGGACUCAUUUAAGGCACCAAGACCAAAACGAUUGCUGAAAGUGUGUCUAAUGCAAACUGAUGCCCCUGCUUCAUUCUCUUCCCUAGAAAUCUCUGAUGAUUCUUCUGCUCCCCCACUUACUACCCCUUUAUCUCCUCAGAGCUCUCUUUUUGGUUCUGUUGCUAGUUUUUUAUCUAACCAAGACCCCAAGACUGGAAGUUUCAUUGACAUGCCCGACAAGCUUCAUUAUCUUUCAUCUCCCCAGAUCCCACCUUUACAAUCUUUUGCUAGUUCUGCUUGUGUAUCUGCCUCAUCUAGCCCCAAACAAUAUGAGCUACCUGAAAUUCAUGAAGACAUUUUAAUCUCCGACCUUGUUAGACCUCCCCUUGCAUUGAACUCUCCUCUGCAGCCCAUUCUUCAUAGCCUCCCUCCUCCCCCUCCUUUGCCAGGAGCUUCUUGUGUCCCUUCUUCCCCUCCUUUACCAGGAAGUAGUUUUCUCCCUCCUCCACCCCCUCCCCCUCCUUUGCCAGGAGGUCUUUGCCCUCCUCCCCCUCCUUUGCCAGGAGCUUCUUGUGUCCCUUCUUCCCCUCCUUUACCAGGAAGUAGUUUUCUCCCUCCUCCACCCCCUCCCCCUCCUUUGCCAGGAGGUCUUUGCCCUCCUCCCCCUCCUUUGCCAGGAGCUUCUUGUGUCCCUUCUUCCCCUCCUUUACCAGGAAGUAGUUUUCUCCCUCCUCCUCCUCCACCCCCUCCUUUGCUAGGACGUCUUUGCCCCCCUUCUCCUCCUCCCCAUCCUUUACCAGGAGGUACUUGUCUCUUUCCUGAUCUCCCUCCUUCACUAAGAAGUGCUGAUUUAUAUGAAUUGCCUAGGUCUAAACUUUAUGAACUACCUGAAAUUCAAGAUAGUCCAAUCCCUGAAUUUGCUUGUGCUCCUCUCGCAUUGAAUGAUUCCCUGCAGCAGAGUCUUUUCCCCAUGCCUUCUGAGCCUCCUUCUCCUCCAGUUGAAGGUCUUAUCCUUUCUCUUCCUGGUUCCCCUGAUUAUCUUUCUGGUUCUACCCCUUUUUAUUUUCAAAACUCCCCAAUUGACUUGAGUACUACUUACAGUCGGUCACCAGGUCCACUUUGUGAUGUUGAAUCAGAGGUUUCUCCCCUAUCAAGUAUUUCUGCCUCCACUUCAUCAAUAGGUUUUCUCCAAGAUGAUCUUCAGACUUUCACAAAUCUUCAAGAUUCAUUAGAAAUGAAAUGUCAGCCUAAAGAAGUAUUUCACCGAGCCCUUAGUUGCUUUCAAGCAAUGGCAAAAUCUGAUACAAGAAACGACUUCACUGUAAGCUUUCAGGCACAAAAAGACAAAGAUGACAAACUCCAAAGGUGGAGGAAUUUGCUGCCUUGGACCAAACUCUUCAGUCUGCAAAAUGAGGAUGGUUUCUGGAAACUUACAUCAGAACUGGGAUUUAUAUUAAAACUUAAUACAAAUAUUUUAAAUGACUUUCUGGAACAAAAGGGUAUUCAAUCUCUAGGUAAAAAAGGAAGAGAAUGUCUUUUGGACCUGAUCGCCACGUUUCUGGUCCUACAGUUUCUUCGCACGAGGUUGGAACAAGAAGGAAUAAUCAUAAAAUCACUGCUGAGAUUGGAUGACACUUCCAUUUCCAGGAGUAUUCCCUGGAAUUUUGAGAAAAUAAAGAAAGCAAGUGAAUGGGUAAGAAGAACUGAAGGACAGUAUCCAUCUAUCUGCCAACGGCUUGAAUUGGGUAAAGACUGGGAUACAGCCACUAAGCAGCUAUUAAGGAUCCAACCCAUAAACACCACUUCUCCUCUUCAUAGAGUUCUUAACUACAGUCAAGGCUGAAUCAAAUGAAUUUGUUUCUUAAACUUUUUUCAUGCUUCUUUGUACAAAUAAUCAAAUAUUCAAAGAUACCUAUAAUGAUAUUUAA